CCACCAGGAUGAGUUCAAGGAAAACCAGGUCCUUCUUUUUAUGGCCGCUCGUGGCUUCCGCCUGCUUUCUUCUUUCUGUUGCCUUCUUUCCUAAUAACCCUUACAAGGUCACCCCACAAAAAGAUCUCGAUCAAAGAGAAGACCCAAAACAAAAGCUUACUUCGCAUAACUCUACCAAAGUUAAAAUGGGUUGUGAUUUUUCCAAAGGUAAAUGGGUACCAGAUUCUGGAGGACCUGCUUACACUAACGCUACGUGCCGGACCCUGAUGGAGUCCAAGGACUGUCUGAAGUAUGGGAAAGACACAGACUAUCUGAAUUGGAGGUGGAAGCCCAACGGCUGCGAGUUGCCAAGAUUCGAGGCUAGGAUGUUUCUUGACAUUGUUAGAGGGAAGAGGAUGGCCUUCGCCGGCGACUCGGUCGCCCGGAAUCAGUUAGAAUCGCUUCUGUGCUUACUCUCUGAGGUGGAGACUCCAUUAGAUGUGGACAAGGAUGCUGAAGACAAAUUCCGGACUUGGUACUUCAAAUCUUAUGACUUCACCGUCAUGAAGCUGUGGACCAGAUUUUUAGUAGAAGAAACAGAGAGAAUGAUCAAUGGAUCAGCCUCUGGGGUGUUUGAUUUGCACUUAGACAGGAUCAACACCAAAUGGACCGAGAAACUUCCUUUGAUCAACUAUCUUGUCAUCUCUGAUAGUCAUUGGUUCUUCAGGAAAAAUUAUCUCUAUGAGGGAGGCAAGCUUAUUGGGUGUACGUUCUGCUCAGAGGCAAAUCUUACAGAUCUAGGAAUCAACUAUGCUGUGCAGAGGGCCUUCAGAACAGCACUCAAAUAUCUAAGUAAAUGUGAAAAAUGUGAGGGGCUACUCACCUUCUUACGUACUUUUACACCAGCACAUUUCGAGAAUGGGACUUGGAAUUCUGGAGGGGAUUGCAAAAGGAUUAGACCAGCGAAUGAAGGGGAUGUGAGCUUCAGUGGGACCGAUUGGGAACUUAGGAACGCUCAAGUGGAGGAGGUGAAGAAAUUGCAAGUAGAAAAGCCAAAAGGAGCAAAACAUUUCAUGCUUUUGGAUGUGACUAGGGCUAUGACGAUGCGGCCUGAUGCACACCCUGGGUCACAUUGGAACAAUAAAUGGAUGGGAGGCUACAAUGACUGUUUGCAUUGGUGCCUUCCAGGGCCAAUCGACAUGUGGAAUGAACUGUUGUUUGCACUGUUGAAGGAAGACACACCUUAGCAAUCAUCAAGUGGCUGAACUUCUACAAUGAUAAUGAUACUCAUAUUUUUUAGUGCCCCGACAUUUGGCCCAAAUUUGAAACUAAAUUAGAGAACCUCAUAUGUGCUGCCCUCCAGUCCAUCUGGGCUGAAAUAGGCUAAAAUUUUGCAUGACAGGUGCUACAAA